AUGUCAACAAAUAAUCAAGCACACACUGAUGCUCGUAUCACAUUUAAAAUGCUAUUCGCAUUAUCAUCCACUAAUCAUGGCGAGCAAAACACAAGCAGCCCAUGCAAUCCUCUUUUUAACAAACUUUCACAAUUAAAUUCUUCACAAGCAUCAUCAUCAGAAUUAAAUAAUACAAUUAAUAAUACAAAUAAUAAUGGAGCCAAGUUGGAGAUUUUAUACUUUUUGCUAAAAUCAUGUGUUGUUCAUUCAAUGAAUAGUGAAUUUGGAAUUGCUUUUAAAUCGUGGAGUAAUAGAGAGAAAAUAUUGGAUUUAUCUCCGAAGGAAUUUGAGAGUGUGGGGAAAGAAGUGGCAAAUUGGGAUUGUCUUGAAGGUGAAACUUGGGAAAAGUUUGUUAAUUUGAUGAAGUUAAACAAAGGAAAUGAUGAUAAACCAUUUAAUGAUGAAUAUGCAGAGGAAGUACGUUCGUUGGAAAUGAGGAGUUUGGUCAAUUCGUACAUGACACUGCAUAAUUCUAAGUGUGUAUCUCAAUUAUUUAAUAAUGCAAAGAAGAUUUACUUGUCACCACCUAAAAUUGCUUUCAAAUAUUUCUAUGAUUCAUCUCAACUAGCUCUAAAUGGAAAACAAGAUUACGGAACUGAAUUGAUAAAACAAGUGGAAAGAGAUUGCUUACCAGAAUUGGAUAGGGAAGUAUGGCUAGAAAGUGACAGAAUUGUAAAUCGUAAAAUGUGUGAAGCAUGUAUUGGAAGUUUAAUGUGUGCCAAACAAAUUCAAACCUGCUUUGAAAAGAAUCUCAAUUCAGAGUUUGACAAGUGCUUGUUGGAUAAUGAUGCCUAUUCAAGGUGCAUUGAGAAUUCCUAUGAACGGAUUGAUGACUAUUUUAAUCAAUUGGACAAGUAG